UUGUAAGGAACAAAUGGCCAACACUAAACCAUUUAAAUCUCUCCUAACACCUACUGUUAUGUCAGACAUCACAUUUAAUGAUGAAAUUGUAAAAUGUGUGGAAAAGGAAAGAGCAGCAUGUGUCUGUGAGAGGUGUGCGUCUGUCAAUACUCGAAGUCACCAGCCGCUGACAUCACAACAAUAGAGCUGAAGAGUUUGAGUAAGUGCGACUCCUUUUAAAACGAUUCCUGCUCCUCCUGCGCGAUUCUUCAGACUGGGACCGUGUCCGGAGGAGCCACAAACCUCGGAGACGGACAGACAGGCGUUGCACCUGGCCUGAGAUACUCUUGGAUUCCAGACGUUCAGUUCGCUGUUGGGAUGUACGGGCUGCUGUGUGAAAGUCUCCAUGACUUCAUCAAGGAGUCGUAUGGUGACGAUGUGUGGAAACUUGUCAGAGAGAGAGCCGACGUCAGACUGCACUCCUUCGUCACUCAUCAGGUGUACAGUGAGAGUGUGAUUCCGCGUAUCGCUAAAGCAGCGAGUGGCGUCACAGGAACACCCUAUAAUGAGCUCAUGAACUCAUGGGGCGUUUAUUUCCUCGGAUUCGUGGGGAAAUACGGAUAUGACAGAAUCCUCAAGGUGUUGGGCCGUCAUGUGCGUGACUUUGUAAAUGGUCUGGAUAACCUGCAUGAGUACCUGCGCUUCAGUUACCCAAAAGUCCAGCCGCCGACCUUCUUCUGCCAGGAGGAAUCAGCUACAGGAGUCACUCUGCAUUACAGGAGCAAACGUAAAGGAUACCUGCACUAUGCCAUGGGUCAGCUGAGACAGAUGGGAAAACAGUUCUAUGACACUGACAUCCAUGUUGAGGUUUUGUCCGAGCAGCUGGUGGGAGAUUAUUCACACGUCACCAUGAGAUUAAACUUUGAUAAUUCUGCGUAUCGAUAUAUCCAGAAAGAGGACGAAGAGGAACAAGAGAUCCUUCCCAUCACCAGCGACUUUUUCUUUGAAGUUUUUCCCUUCAACAUCGUGUUCAGACAGGAUAUGGUUGUGCAUAACGUUGGCUCUGGAUUGGCCACGGUCUUUCCUGAUCUGGAUGGGAAGAAGAUCAAUGAUGCUUUUCUACUUGCUCGUCCUCUUGUGGAGUUUACUUGGAACAUGAUCAUCUCGCACCCCAACAACCUGUUUGAGAUCAUGUCGAAGGAGCCGGUGAAGCGAGAGAGGAACCUUCAUAACAGAGUGCAGAACUCCGAUUAUGAGAACGCCAAUCGCUCGGCUGACGUGGACGUGGAGCUGAUGGCCUUUCAGUCAAUCAUCGGGGACGAUUAUAAAGAUGGAAACAGCGCUAAUGCGAUGGAGAGCUGGGGUGACGGCAGCCGCUGCCUGAAACUGAAGGGUCAGAUGAGGUACAUGCCGGAGUGGGAGUCCAUCAUCUUCCUGGGGACUCCAGUCAUGGAGAGUUUAAGUGCCAUGUUUAAGACGGGGCUGUACAUCAAUGACCUGAGCAUGCACGACUCGAGCAGAGAUCUGGUGCUGGCAGGAACUCAACAGUCUGAAGAGCUCAAGAGAGCCCUCAUACAGGAGCAAAAGAAAUCCAGUAAACUAGAGGAAAGCAUGAAAAUGUUGGACUAUGAGAUGAAAAAGACGGAUGAUCUUCUGUACAGAAUGAUUCCUAAACCUGUUGCUAAGCGACUGCGGAAAGGAGAACCAGCUGUGAACACCUGUGAGGUGUUUCCUGAUGUGACCAUCCUGUUCAGCGACGUGGUGGGCUUCACUCGUAUCUGCAGUCAUAUCACACCCAUGCAGGUGGUCUCCAUGCUCAACACCAUGUACACGCUCUUCGACACGCUCAGCGAGAAGCACCGAGUGUUUAAGGUUGAAACUAUAGGUGAUGCGUACAUGGUGGUGGCAGGCGCUCCAGAAAAGACGAAGUAUCACGCCCACAAUAUUUGUGACAUGGCUCUAGAUAUGGUUCGCUCUAUCGAUCAUCUCAAAGACCCGUCCAAUGGAAACAACAUCCAGAUCCGCGUGGGAAUUCACUCUGGGAUGGUGGUCGCUGGGGUCGUAGGUCACAAGAUGCCUCGCUAUGGUCUUCAUGGUGAUACAGUCCACACGGCUUCUGCCAUGGAGAGCAAUGGGAAGGAAAUGCACAUUCAGCUGAGCAGCGCUACUUACGAGCACCUGAAAGGAAGUCACUUCAUCUUUGAGAGACGUGGUACCAUCACCAUCAAGGGGAAUGUGGAGAUUGAGACGUACUGGCUGAAAGGAAAGCGAGAUAAAGAUGGAAACGCUCAGGCCGCUUGCCCACAGUUUGAAGCUCAGACCAUCAGUAAAGCCACUAUUUCUGCCCCCGAACCGCCCAGCGAUGAGGAAGUGAUGGUGUUUCCCUCAGUGGCAGGUGAAGAUGAGGACGAUGUGAAAUCCCUCCGCUCUCACCGCAUGAAGAUGGAAACCUCCGGAAACUCUCUGGAGGAGUCCAUGGAGGAGUGUCGGGUGGAAGAAACGUCGGUCAGUAAGUCUCAUUAUAAGGACGCUCUGCAGGACAGCAAUCUUCAAGAUCCGCACAUCGAACUUGACUCGGCUGAGUUUGAUGGUCGAGAUUCAAUAAUGGAGUCUCCCGCCGGCUCCUGUGAUUCCCACGGCUCUGAGAAAAGCACCAUGUGCUCCGUGUGCUAAUCACAGUCAUCACGACGUUGCUUUGAAAUCGAUUCUGAGAGUCUGUUUUAAAGUUAUUGAUCUGAAUUUGUUGCCCAAAGAAUUCUGUAAAUUGAAUUCGUCUUGUAAAUAGACUAGAUUGAACUGAAAUGUGCUUAAUGUGUUGUUUUCUCAUCUCUACUCUGACUAAAUCUCUGUUCCCUUUUGUUUUAUGCUUUAUAUUGACAGAUACCUUUAUUCAUUAAUUUUUAAAGACUCUGACAGAAAUGUCCGGCUCAUAUUUCAUCCCAAAAUCUGCAUAAAUUUGUUAGUGCAACAAAUACUAUUAUGAUAUACAAGUACUUUACAAUAUAAUAUAUCUCUUUACUGUCUUUGGUUAAUUUAUUACUGAAUAAAAGUAUUUAUUUCUUUAAAAUAAAAUAAAACCUUACUAAACCCCACACUUUUGAAUGGUGGUGUACUUUUUUUGCCUUUUUGAUUGGGGUAAUAUAUGACCUGGACAUGAUUUAGACAGUUUUCAUAAAAUCCAUCCAGUACUUUGUUAGUGCUCGAUUCAGAUUUUUGACACGGUUAGUUGUUGUAGUGCUCCUGAAGACGCAUUUGCUGUUAAAGCUUUCAGGGAUAGUCAUCAUUUACUCACCAUGUUGUUGUUCUAAUGCUGUAUGCCCUUCAUUCUUUUAUGGACCACAAAAGGAGGAUUAAAAAAAAAAAAAAAUGUCCUGCUCGCACUCGUCCAUAUAAUGGCAGUGAAUAACGACUCAGUCUCGCCCAGAAAAAGCACACACAUUGUGAGAAAUCAAGAUUAAUAAAUACGCAACAUGAAAUACAACGCCUAGAAAUCACAAAAAAAGUAUCCCUGUACUUUCCUCAAAAAGUUAAAGGGAUAGUUCACCCAAAAAGGAAAAUUCUGUCAGUUACUCACCCUCAAGUAGUUCCAAAUCUGUAUGAAUUUCUUUGUUCUGCGGAAAACACAAAGGAAGAUAUUUGGAAGAAUGUCAACAGAUCUCGCCCCCCCAUUGACUACCAUAGUACGUUAUUUAUUUUUCCUAUGGUAGUCAAUGGGGGCAAGAUCUGUUUGGUUCUUCCAAAUAUCUUCCUUUGUGUUCAGCAGAGCAAAGACAUUUAUACAGGUUUGGAACUACUUGAGGGAGAGUAAAUGUUGACAGAAUUUUUGUUUUUUGGGUGAACUACCCCUUUAAUCUCCAGACCGGAAAUCUGGUUGUCAGAUGACAAAUGUAAACGCCAUAACUUCUUGUUACGGCAAACACAACAGAUAUAUUCACCUCAGAGAAGAAGGUACAGGGAUUGUAUUUAAUGUCGCUUAUUUAUUAAUCUUGAUUUCUCGCAAUUUGAAUUUUUUUUUUCUUUCUGAGCGAGUUGGAGUGAGCUGAGGCGCGAGUCUCGUGAACGCGCACGUUCUGCAACGUGCAGAAAAGACUAACGGUCAAAGUUAGGAUUUUUAUUAAAUAAUACAUUAAAUUUGGAGUUGUUUUCCCCUAAACCUUAUCGUAUGGCCCCAGAACACUUGGAAUAUAAUGCAUGUAUAAUAUAGGAUGAUUCUCUGAUACUUUUGCGUCGUUUUUUAAAAAAAAACUUGAUGCUGGUCGCCAUUAUACGGAUGCCAUUUAAAGUCGCCUCUUGUGCUCCAUAAAAGAAAGAAGGGCAUAGGCUACGGCAUUAGAACAACACCAGGGUGAGUAAACAAUGACUUAAUUUUUAUUUUAGGACGAACUAUCCCUUUAAAGUCAUUUAAUUUACAUGAAUUCAUAAUUGAUUCAGAAUCGCUCUUAUUUAAGGAAAUGUAGGCUACUUAAGCUCUCGACAUUAUCUGCGACAUGAUCCAUUACCACAGAAAAUCAUUUAAACUUUUCCCUCAGUCUGUCAAAACAAACGAAAAUCAUGAUUACAGUGUAAUGCGCUUAUAAUGGUCUUGUUAAAGCACUUAUAUUAAUUCUUCUUUACAAAAAUGUGCCUUAUUUGUGCUGUAAAUGUCUUAAUCAUUCCUGGUUAUGCAUUACAUGUGUAAUUCCUGUAGGUGGCGUUUCAUUCUAGAAAAACAGGCCAUACUGUACAUUUACACUGGUUACACGUUAUAUUAUGUCAUGUUAACACAUAUCUUUAUGUGUAUCUAUUUUAGAAACAUUUAUCCAAGUUAAAUGCCCCUCAGACUUCCAUUGUAAGUGUAUUACUGUAAACACUUAUUGUUUGUCUUUACAAACUGAGGGACAGUUCAAAAUUAUUUGUUGUGGUAAUUUACCAUCACAGAUGACACUUUGAAGCUCUCAACUAUUUCUCUAAACUUGAAAAGGACAUUUAUCUUCUCUGAGAUCUUCCUCUCUAAGGUUAUGGUGUGUACUUCUGUGUGUGUGUUGUAUUCUCUCUGUUCUGUUUCCUCAAAGUGAGGUGAAAAUAAACCAGGAGUGACAGCG